AGGAAACAGCUAACAGGGAAAGGGGGGAGGCGAGAAUACGUGAGCGGGUCGUGCAGUGACCAGAGAAUACCGCUGGCUAGACGUCUGCCGUUGACGGCCUGCCACUGUUGAAGGACUUUGCUCUCGUGUGGACAGUAAUUCACUGGCUUGGGGUUGAGCGCAGUUAAAGGGAAACAAACUUCCUUGUAGUCAACUGAACAGCAUGCACUGAUGAGGACGCAGGUCUGCAGCUAGUCUGCCCAUUGGGGAUCCUCUUAGGAAUGCUCAGGGCUUCAAAAGUGUCUGCAAGGCGCAGAUCUACAGACUCUGUGCAACGAUUCUGUCAAACAAAGAUAAAUGCUUCGGACUUGACAGAUUUAAAGAAAUAACGUUAUAUUUUAGACACAAUCAAUGUCACACAAGGCGAUGAAAAUAUUUAUUUCUAGUCUGGAACCCUAAAAAAAAAAAGACUCCACUCACUUGAACUUUGUAAACAAUUUUCACUACUCACACAAGGCGACAAGAAUUUGGUUAGACUAGAAAAAGUCACCGUUUUAACAGCGGCGACAACCCUGAUACUAAAUUCAAACUAAGGGCAGACAAAUAGAAUGGGAACUAUAAAUAUCCCAGACAUGUUUCUGUUCACAUAUUAAAAAGACAAGAGCGAACAACAAAAUCCUUUUCACAGAAGCGUAAAUCUACACAAGCUAGAAAUAAGAGUCACUGACGCUGGACAUCAUCAAGUAUCAUUUUCAUGCCUAGACUCUUUCUCUCCACAGAAAGGCUAAGCAGUGGAAAGGGUGAUAUAUGAAAGACAUAAAAUGACAGAAAUUUUGUACAAUCUGCAAAUCUAACAUGUCUGUAAGAACCACAAGUGACAAUCUGGGUUGACAUCUCUUAAAGUUUUUUUUUUUGUUUUUAAAAAGCAAUAAAAUAACUCAGACAACACAAGGGGCUGUUUGCCUUUUCCAGUUACUUUGGCAGUAGAAAUAUGGGCAACGCUCCUGUGUCUUGUCUGACUGACUCGGGGGAGUUAAUGCACCUUAACAAGUACCUGACACAGAGACAAUUACAGCUGGUGCAUGAUACUUGGGACAUCAUGAAGCAAGAUUUGCCUACCCUUGGUCUCACAGUUUUCUUGCAUCUAUUCCAGAACGAGCCAGAUCUGAAGCGAUUGUUUCCUAAGAUUGUCCAGAUGAAUGAGAAGAACGAGUUGGAAUGGGACGUAGACAGAGACAUGCUGCAAAGACAUGCUGUGACUGUCAUGGAGGGUCUAGGGGCGGCAGUGGAAAGUUUGGACGACUCCGACUUCCUAAACAGUGUGCUGAUCUCUAUAGGUCAGACUCACAUCAAGAGAAACGUCAAGCCACAGAUGUUGCGGCGACUGUGGCCAUCUUUAAACGAAGGCUUCACUAAGAUGCUUGGGGAACAGUACAACAAAGAGACCAUGGAGGCCUGGAGGAGGCUCUACAACUACAUUGGCUUUCAGAUGAAAAAAGGCAUGUCCGACCCUGACGGAAAGUUGUUGGACGACGACGCUACCACGUGACCAGCAUAACGCUACAAUCUAUCACCAAUUGUGUAUACAUAAUAAUUUUUUUUUUUUUUUUUUGGGUGGGGGUGGGGGUUUGAAGAAAAUAAUAUUUAUCUAAAUGCUACUGCUUUUAUUUAUCUUAUUUGUGAAGUAGGUAUAAACCUACUGCUAAGAAACUUUUUUUUUUGGGUUGGGGGGGGGGGUGCAGUUAGAUUUCCAUCUUUGUUUACACAAGAACUCAUUUUCAAAGAACAAUUUUUUAAAAUAUUAUGAUGCACACACGCACGCACAGACUUAUUUAUUGAGAUUAUUAGAAUAGAUGAAACGAAACAAAAGGAUCUGGAGAGGAUAGGCAUUCAACUUGUUCCUACCGUCUCCAUUCUUUGUCAUAAUAGACCAACCUUCGGACCCUCGAGCUAAAUUCGGCCCUUCGAGCUAUAUUCGGCCUGUAAUUCUGUGCUCUUGAGUCCUCGAAAGUUCUGCCCGUGGUACAUAGGCUCAGCUCCAUGAGACUUGACGAUAAAUAUCUCAGUUAUUCGGCCCGCGAUAUAUCGGAAAUUUAUCUGGCACCCAGAUCUAGAGACGUAAGCCCUACUGAUAGACACAAGAAGCAGACUUGCGCUAAUUGUGCAGCAUCGGCAUAGAAAACAAAACAUCAUGAUGCAACUGAAAUUUAAUGCUUGAAGAAAAAAAAGCUUGAAAUAGUUUCGAAAGGUCUUUUAGCUACCCUCCUAUUUCUUCUUUCAUUUCGUACAUAUAUACACUACGUACUUUCAUGGGUUAGUUGCUGUACGAUAUUCAAAUUGAAGAGCUCAUUUUUAAAGAUAGAAUCAAGGCAUAUAAAACGAAGAGUUACGAAAUAUUUUGUUGAGUUCCGUAUCCUGGGAAUUGUCUCCUACUUUGAUUAACACAUAGACAUAAAUAAAUAUAGACUGGCCAAAGGAAGUAACUUCAUGUAACUUGAAAACAUGUAUAUCUAUUCUAUUGUAUUCGGAUUUCCGAAUUAUGAAAAAUUGCAUGAUCUUCAUUCUUAGAGAUUAAAAAAAAACACUAGUGAAAAUCAUGUAGGCUAAUACUUAUAUAAGUUAUGGCUGAAAUAGAUAUGAAUACUUAACUUUUAUACUGCUUAUAAAUGCUGUAUAAUAAAGUACACAAAAUUGCAAGUCACAAAUUUUCAUUUCAUAAAACUCUUUAAUCGGCCAGUCUAUAUUUAUUUAUGUCUAUGGAUUAACAUUUUGCGACAUUAAAAAGAAUGCUAGAGAAAGACUGCUUUCUUAUUCAUUAAAAGUUAAGGGUUCAAAUAAAAAGAUAUCGCCUACGUUCGUAUAUUAAAAAAUAUAUAGGUACACUAUCACUAACAUUUUGUCAGCCUACGUCUGCUCAAUGAAGAUGAUUAGAAACUUGACGUGUGUUCAUGACUUUAUUAAUGUGUUCACUAAUUUCAUUUCGCACUUCUUGUUUACAUUGGUCAUGAUACGGAUAAAUGAACUUUUUGAUUUAAAAUUGAUCGUUCAGUGCACUGAUGUAUAGUGAUACAAAGCACAUUGGUGUAGUGAUACUUAUUGGUUUUAUUAUCUAGAUUUAGACUCAAGCAAUUUUUUUCUAAAAUAUCAUUGUACAACGUCGCAUAUAUGUACCUGGGUCUCUAUCUAUAUAAUAUUCUGUAUACAAUAUUGUGCUUCUCCGAAUUCGGUAAUUAAAAAUAAUUAAUUUUAUAAACUAAAUAAAUAUUUAGCUCUGACUCUGUCAUAUAUAUCUUUAUUAUAAUGACAUACAUGUUUGUAUUUUGUAUUUAUUUUUUCUGAUCAGCUUCUUGUGUCAAAUAAUUGUAAGUCCCAUGGCACCUUUUUUUUUUUUUUAGCGUUGAGAUGUGCUAGGAGGUAGAAGUAGGACAUUAUCUCCUCAGCCCUUUUUGAACAAAACAAAACCAUUUGGUUUCAAUGCCCACAAACAUAAAACAAUAAGAUAGGUUGUUUCUUUUUGUUUGUGUUCUGCCAGGUCUAUCUUUUCCUUCUGUUUCAGUUCGGGCCGUUUCCUUUUGUGUGUGAAUGUGUUUGGUAAGUCAAAUGUAUACUUUUGUUUGUGUAGGUCAAUUGUUUACUUGUCUUUCUUUUGUUCUUGUUGUUGCUGUUCUUGUUUUAGGACAGCUCAAUUUUUGUUUUCUUUUUAACUUGUAGGUUUCUUGUGUGUUUGUUCCAACUGGUCAAUCUUUUCUUCAUAUUCAGAUAGGUUGAUUGCUUUUAUACAUUCGUGUUCUGGAAGAGUUAACUUCCUGAUUCAGACCUUGCGACCUAUGGACCAGAUGGUGUAAAGCUCAUCUGUUUCUGUGACCCACGGUUAACGAGGGUGUCAUCAUGUGGCCAGCACAACGACUAACCGCUUUUACUUUUCCCCAACUAAUGUCAAGUACCCAUAAGAUCUGGCUGGACUCAAGAGGCACAUUAAAGAAUCACAGUCUUCACCAGGAUUCGAACCUGGGACCCCUCAGUUCGAAAGUCAAUCGCUUUACUACACAGCUACAGCGCCCCCGUGUUCUGGUGUUUUAUUUCCUUUUUUUCUUGUCUGUUAGUUGUUUUUUUUUCUUGUAGGUCUAUUACUGGCUUGUGUUUGUGACAGAAAUCCUUAUGUGCAAGUUGCUUUCACGAGAAAUAUUUUUGUUCAAGGAUUUGGACGUUUGUAUUGAGUGCAAGAUUUCUAAGUUUCAGAUUUCCUUUUCAGUCAAUAAAAAUCAAUAGCACUUGAAAUGUA